AUGAGAGUGUUUACCAUGACCAGAGGGCAUGGGUUGGGAGGAAAUGCUCAGAGUGUCCACCUUCCCCACUGUGGGGGAGUAGAUGUCCACUUCUCAGGAGCCGUGGACUGCUUCCGGCAGACACUGAAGGCCCAAGGGGUACUGGGGCUCUGGAAUGGAUUGACAGCCAACUUACUGAAGAUAGUUCCAUAUUUUGGAGUUAUGUUUAGCACCUUCGAGUUCUGCAAGAGAAUCUGUCUUUACCAAAAUGGUUACAUUGUGUCUCCUCUGAGCUAUAAGUUGACCCCAGGGGUGGAUCAGAGUUUGCAGCCCCGGGAAUUACGGGAAUUAAAGAAGUUCUUCAAAACUGGAAAACUGAAGUCUAAAAAACCAACUCUGUAAAAUUGAAUGCAACGAUAAGUGCACUGGCUGAAGACAUGUUGCAAUCAAAUGGAGCCUCAUAACUGUGCGUGUGAGGAGUGAUGAGGCUACUCCUGUCUGCUGCUCUUAGAAAUGAGCCAGUUUGGCCAUUCACCACCUCAGACCUCCAAACUGACAUCCCUGUGAAUACCUGCACCGUGAAAUGGUUUCCUAGCACUACUGUGUCAUGAUGACAUUCUGCCAGAUUUUAGAAACA